AUGCCUUUUGGGUUGAUUAAUGCAGGGGCAACGUUUCAAAGGGUGAUGGAUCUUUCUUUUGGACAUUUGAGGGAUAAGAUUAUUGUGGUGUAUUUAGAUGAUUUAACUGUUUUCUCUAGAAAAAGGAAGCAUCAUGUGCGGGAUUUGAGAAAAGUUCUAGUGAGAUGUAGAGAGCAUGGGGUAUCAUUAAACCCUAAAAGGUCUAUUUUUGGUGUCAUGGAAGGAAAACUUCUGGGACAUAUUGUUUCACAAGAGGGAGUAAAGGUUGAUCCACAGAGGGUAAAAGCAAUACAGCAGCUCAGUCUCCCCUCAAAUAGAAAUGGAGUAAGGUCCUUCUUUGGACAGGUGAACUUGCUAAGGCAUUUUAUUCCUGAUUUUGUUGAAACUACUAAAUACAUUGUGAAUAUGAUGAGUGAAAAGGUAGCCUUUAAGUGGAAUGAAGCUGGUAGAAAGGCUUUUGAAGAGAUUAAAAGGGUAAUCGCACAUGCGCCUACCCUGGUAAAUCUUGACUUUAAUAAGGACUUUAUUAUUUAUUGUUAUGCAUCUGAGCAUACCAUGUCUGGGAUUUUGGUACAAAAGGGCGAGGAUAAUGGAGAGGUGCCAAUUUCUUUCAUGAGUAUUCCCCUGAAGAAGCAUGAGUUGAAAUACUCACAGAUAGAGAAGCAUGCCUAUGCGGUGGUAAAAGCUGUGAAGCAAUUUAGGUAUUACAUACUUCAUUCACAUGCGAUUGUUUUUGUUCCCAAUUUUGUGGUGGGAAUGUUCAAGGAUGCAUACGCCUGGGUGGCGAGGUGUGAGAAGUCCAGGUUGUUUAUAGGUAAACCCCAGUUAGCUGCCUUGCCUUUGAGACCCGUGGUAAUUGAAGAACCGUUUAAACAGUGGGGAUUGGAUUUCAUUGGUCCUUUGAACCCCAUUUCCAAUGCGGGGCACACUCACAUAUUAAUAGCAAUAGAUUAUUUCACUAAGUGGGUGGAAGCUAUCCCUGUAAAAAAAACCACUUCAGAGAUUGUGUGUACGUUCCUUAAGGAUAAUAUGCUUGUCAGGUUUGGAGUCCCUCAGAAAAUAGUCACAGAUAAUGCAUCAAAUUUCUCUUCAUCUGAGUUAAGCUUAUUUUGCUAUGAUCACGAAAUUUCUUUGGCACAUGCCUCUGAUUAUUAUCCGCAGGGUAAUGGUCAGGCAGAAUCAAGUAACAAGAAUUUGUUCAACAUCAUGAGAAAGUUGGUUAGUGAGAAUUUUAGGGAUUGGCAUAAGAGGUUGCAUGAAGCACUAUGGGCAAAUCGAACUUCACCAAAACGGGCCAUAGGAAUGUCACCAUUUGAGCUGGUAUAUGGUAUUGGUGCACAACUCUCUCUUCCUUUAGAAUUAGCAGCUUCUAAACUGCAGCUUGCCUAUGUCGCAAAGGAUUAUGGUGAGGAUUAUGACACAAGUGGGAUUUUCCCCAUUGAUUUACGCCAUUACAGCUAUAGGAAAAAGGCAGAGGAAACACUGCGCAAUAUGGCAUCCCCUUUUUCUGAUACAGACAAGGUUUCAACUGGGGUAGAUACUGCCUUCCAGGAUUCAGGGACACUUGAUAUCUGGUCUCAUGUAGACAGUGCCACACCGCCACCCUUAGCAGGAUCUCCACCCAUACCAUCUAAGGAACUGACUCUGGCACCGAAGUGGUUGAGUGAAUCAAUUACCCGAAAAAGGAACGUGGUCCCUAUUUUGAUAUCAAUGGAGGAUGCUAUGAGUAAAUGUCUGGGAAAGUCCACGAAGCCAAAAAACUAA